AUCCAAAACCUGCAGAACGAGAUGCUGGAAUUACAGCAAAGACUGUCCGUCUCAAUGACCGCUGACCGCAGAAAGGACGCCAUGAUCCAGCAACUGGACCAGACUCUGGCCAUGGUGGUGGGCGGUUGGAAGCAGCAGGAGCAUCAGCGUGAAGAGGCCAUGCGUCGUCUGAAGCAGGAAAAAGAGGAAGCAGAGAGAGCCGGAUCCAAAGAUCAGAAGGUGAGCCUGAGGUCAGCCAUGUUGAGCAGGGCCUACGUUCUGCACACACUCUUCUCUUAUAGUCUGCUCCAUCUUUCAGGCAUUAAG